UGGACACGGUUUGGAUACAUAUUGGACACGGAUUGGACACAAUGAGCGACCGUCGCCGACAGGAAAUCGAAGAGAAGCGUGCAAAGCUCGCCGAGCUGCGGCGGGCGCGUGACGAGCGCAAACAGCUCCUCGCAAACGCAGACCAGGCAUCAGAGCCCAUGGCCACAAACCGCCGCGACGUCAACGACCUCGUCGACUCCCUCCUGACCCGCCCCACCUCCCCGUUCACCCCGGCGCCCUCUUCCCGCCCCUCCGCGUUUGGUACGCCUGGACGACAAUCAGGGUCAACCCCUCCGUCCAGUAUACCUGGCACUCCGGGAGGUCGCGCAAGCCGACUGAGCAAUGAGGGAAGCUUGGGGAGGGCCACUGGACCCACCUCCGGUAUGGGCAUGACAGGCCUGCCUGCUGCUGCCGAUAGGGAGAGCAUGGUGUCCCCGUUUCCUCGGCCUGCGACCGACUUUGUGGACCAUCAAGAAGAGCUGUUUGAGCUUCCUACAAAGACUACCAAGCCAGCCCCAGUCACCUAUUCCAAAGGAAUCCAAACGAUGGUCUCGUCGUUUGCAACGGACGUCAAUUUUGACGACGACAUUUCCGACACUGAAGAAGAAAGACGACAGAAGAGGAAUUUGCGAGACGGCGAAACUGGAAGAGAGACUGAGGAUGAGAUGCGGAAGCGGAUCUUGGAGGAGUUGGAAGAGGAGAGGAAGGCCUUGGAGAAUGAACUGAAAGAGUUGAAAGACAAGUCAGAGGGGUUGAAGGUACCUGAGCUUUCGGAUGAGCAACGACAAGCCGUGUUUGCGGCUCCAGACUUUUCGUCCUUCAUUGAACAGUCGACGCGAAUAGCUCAGAGAGCCCUUAGUGAUGGGUACGACUACAUUAAGGACUAUACCAUCGGUGGCGACGGUGCUUUUGACGAGUCUGAGGGUGUGAAGGUGAAGCUCUUCUGUGCGUUCUCCGACGAAAGAUGGACCAAUGGCCGUUCCGUCACAGACGUAGACUGGUCACCAAAGUUCCCAGAAUUGAGUGCCGCGUCCUACAACAGAAAUCCUUCAGCAGUCAACGAUCCCGAUGGGAUCGUUGCUGUUUGGAAUCUCCACCUUCUGGAACGACCCGAGUUUAUCUUCCACUCACCUUCCGAUGUGCUAUCCGUGACCUUCUCCCCAUAUCACCCAACCCUCAUCUUUGGUGGUUCUUACUCUGGCCAAGUCCUUCUCUGGGACACUCGGGCGAAACACCUUCCAGUUCUCAAAACCCCUCUGUCGGCAACAGGUCACACUUACCCCAUCUAUGAUAUGAAAAUGGUCGGAACGCAAAACGCCAACAACCUUAUCUCGAGCAGUACGGACGGACUCGUCUGUUCGUGGCUUGCUGACAUGCUGGCUCAACCCCAGGAAACUCUCCCUCUCACCAUGCCAUCGCAUAACAAAACCGAUGAAGUCUCCAUCACCACCUUUGAUUUCCCCGACAACGAAACCUCCACCUUCUGGAUUGGUACUGAAGAAGGCUCCGUCUACCAAGCCAAUCGAUAUGACCGUGCUUCCGCCAAAGCGGGACUGAACACUGAAGACAUCUACAAAGGUCACGCGGCGCCCGUGACGGGCCUACACUUUCACCCAGGAACGGGGCCGAUUGAUUUCUCAGACUUGUUUUUGACAAGUUCGAUCGACUGGACGGUCAAACUUUGGCGGACAAAGGCUGCUGCUACCGCUGCCACCGCGAAGGGCACUGCUGGAGCUGGGGUGCAAGGAGGCAAAGGGGAGGAUAGGGCAGUUCCGCCAAUGCACUCUUUCGAGGAAGCGGGGGAUUAUGUGUUUGAUGUCAAGUGGCAUCCGCACCAUCCUGCGGUUUUCGGAUCAGUGGACGGGACAGGCAAAUUCGAUCUGUGGAAUAUCAAUCAAGAUGUCGAGGUGCCGAUCACAUCCACCCAAGUCUCUCCCCGGGCUAUCAAUAGACUCGCCUGGGACCGUACUCCCACCUCCCGUAAGGCAGCGCUCGGCUCCUCCGAUGGGAAAGUGUAUGUGUACGACGUCGCGGAGAAGCUUGUCUUGCCACGAGAUGGGGAGUGGGUAGAGAUGCAGAAGACCGUGCAAGGAAUGGCAGUGGCUAGGGAGGCCGGCGGAGCGGGUGUACUCGGGGGUGAAGCCGGGAUGGGAGCUGGAAAGUAUGACAGGAGGGCUUAAGGCUUCGCUCCAGCCCUCAAUUACGAUGUAACGACAUAAUGAUAUUUCCGACAAAGUACUCUACUCGAGUCCAAUAGAGUUGAUGGAUGGUAUAUUGCAGCACUCGCCAUCUAGGUUGCUCAUGUUCUUUCG